AUGCCUAAACCACAGUGCUGGGAAGGAGGGAGGGGGGAAAAUCCAUCUAAGCAUGUUUACUUUCAGCAGCAAGGAAGUUCUAACUUGUCCCUAAGUGGUGACUCACUUGGUUGAGACUAUAAAAGUAAAGGUAACUGCUCUCUAGAACAUCGGGGCUUCAGAUUUCACAAACCCAACAUGAUACAAUCAAGACUUUCAGUUGUCUUCUUUUUCUUGUUGGGUUUGUCAUUUUGCCUGACAAUACCUAUUCCCCUUGAAGAUAGCCAUGAAUUCACAGACAAAGACCUUCAGUUUGCAGAGCACUACCUCAGGACUCACUAUGAUCUCCGUCCAAAUCCUGCUGGCAUAAUGUGGAAGAGUGCCAACACGGUGGCAUCUAAACUUCGAGAAAUGCAGGCAUUUUUUGGCUUGGAGGUGACAGGCAAAUUAGAUGAAGAAACAUAUGAGUUGAUGCAGAAACCAAGGUGUGGUGUCCCAGAUGUGGGGGAAUAUAACUUCUUCCCUAGGAAACUCAAAUGGUCAAAAACUAAUUUGACAUACAGAAUCCUGAAUUACACUUCAGAUCUGAGACGUGCUGAAGUAGACAGAGCUUUCAAAAAAGCAUUUAAAGUUUGGUCUGAUGUGACACCACUUAACUUCACCAGGAUACGAAGUGGUGUAGCUGAUAUCAUGAUCUCCUUUGGCACUAAAGAACAUGGUGACUUUUACCCCUUUGAUGGACCCUCUGGAUUACUGGCUCAUGCUUUUCCCCCUGGUCCCGACUAUGGAGGAGAUGCUCAUUUUGAUGAUGAUGAGGCUUGGUCAGAUGAUUCUAGAGGGUAUAACCUGUUUCUUGUUGCUGCCCAUGAAUUUGGUCAUUCGUUGGGACUUGAACAUUCUAGAGACCCAGGAGCUCUGAUGUUUCCAAUUUACACAUACACUGGAAAAAGUGGGUUUGUGCUUCCUGAUGAUGAUGUGCAAGGGAUUCAAGAGCUCUAUGGUGCUGGAGAUAAAGAUCCCAACCCAAAACAUCCAAAGACGCCAGAGAAAUGUGAUGUAGAUUUAUCACUUGAUGCAAUAACAGAACUCCGUGGAGAAAUGUUGGUCUUCAAGGACAGGUUCUUCUGGAGAUUGCACCCUCAGAUGGUUGAGGCAGAACUAGUUUUACUGAAGUCUUUUUGGCCAGAGCUUCCAAACAAAAUAGAUGCAGCUUAUGAAAACCCCAUCAAAGAUCUUGUGUUCAUGUUUAAAGGAAAGAAAGUCUGGGCUUUGAAUGGCUAUGACAUAGCAGAAGACUUUCCUAAAAAGAUAUAUGAAAUGGGGUUCCCAAAAGAAAUGAAAAGAAUAGAUGCAGCUGUCCAUAUUAAAGACACUGGCAAGACUCUCUUUUUUACUGGGAAUAAGUACUGGAGCUAUGAUGAAGAGGCAGAGGUUAUGGAAGCAGGCUACCCCAGGCAGAUAGAGGAAGAUUUUGCAGGAAUUGGUGAUAGAGUGGAUGCAGUCUAUGAAAGAAAUGGUUAUCUCUACUUCUUCAAUGGACCACUGCAGUUUGAAUACAGCAUCUGGAGCCAAAGAAUUGUUCGUGUGCUGCAUACUAACUCCAUAUUCUGGUGCUAAUUACAUCUGAGUGCCAUGUUGUAGGCUGCAGAGCAGCUUGUAGUACAUGGAAAUAAUAAUAUGGGCAGAUAGUUUAUUAGAGAGAGGAUAGCAAGGUUCUGUGAACAAACACUGGCUACCAAUCAUCAGAUGUAUACUGUAUAUAUGGAACUAUAAAGCUGCAUGCCAGUCUGGGACUGAAUUAACUUAAGAGGAAAGAAGAAAGGUAAUUAUUAGCAUUUCAAGGGGCAUUACACCAUAUAAGGUUUGUCUGGUGUUAAAGUGUGAUACUGCAUACAUCAUAUAUGAUCAUAAGUACCAUUAAUUCCUGGUAAUCUAAGCACGCAUAGCAUCUUUAAGGACCUCCUAGCAUGUCCCAAGACAAAGACCUGAUAAUCCCAGGACUGUUAUUUUUUUUUUUAAUUAAUCCAUCAUCUCUUAGUGAAAUGUCUGUUAACAUUCUGGAAAUUCAGAUGUGUGUUGAAUGAGUCAGGACUGCACUGUGACUCUCUGGGCGGGAUAGCACCAGACUGCAACACUGGUUAGUGAAUUCAAAGGUGUUUGAAUGCAUCUCCAUUUGAAUGGGAAUGUUCUAUUGGAACUGGAUGUCCAUAUCAUCUUUGGAACAAGUAGGAGGUAUAGAUGCAGUGAGGUGUCAUGCCAAAGCAGACAGAAAAAACAGCAAAAGGGAAGACAAUCCCUUCAGAAGUCAUCAUCCUGUAUGAUACUGGAAAAGCUAGAAAACAGCAGUAGCAGCAAGAGGAUCACACAGGUUGACACUCUGCGUGAAGCUACACCUGGUAGCACAGCUCAUGUUUUCACAUGGUGUAAUCUGAAGCAGUUCAAGUGACAUUUACAGAGGUUAUGCCUGCCUGUGCCAGCAGAGAACCUGAACAUCCAAAUCAAAAUAUUUGAAAUAAUAUCUUUUUUCAUGUUGGUCACUCUUAAUGUCUGUAUUACUUGCCUCAGUACCACGUAAGUUUUUGGUUUGGUUUGAUCUUUAAUCAAUUCAGAGGAUAUAAGACUGAUUGUUUUUCAGUUAAAAAAAAAAAAUAAACUGGAGGAGUAAAAUAA